UAGACAUUGACGAAUGCGUGGUGGAUACAACACUCUGUGCAAAUGGAAUGUGUUCGAACACACCGCCUGGCUCUUACACCUGUAGCUCGUGUGACUCUGGAUAUGAAUUAAACGAUGAUAGCACUGCUUGCAAUGACAUUGACGAAUGCGUGGUGGAUACAACACUCUGUGCAAAUGGAAUGUGUUCGAACACACCGCCUGGCUCUUACACCUGUAGCUCGUGUGACUCUGGAUAUGCAUUAAACGAUGAUAGCACUGCUUGUGAUGACAUUGACGAAUGCGUGGUGGAUACAACACUCUGUGCAAAUGGAAUGUGUUCGAACACACCGCCUGGCUCUUACACCUGUAGCUCGUGUGACUCUGGAUAUGAAUUAAACGAUGAUAGCACUGCUUGCAAUGACAUUGACGAAUGCGUGGUGGAUACAACACUCUGUGCAAAUGGAAUGUGUUCGAACACACCGCCUGGCUCUUACACCUGUAGCUCGUGUGACUCUGGAUAUGAAUUAAACGAUGAUAGCACUGCUUGCAAUGACAUUGACGAAUGCGUGGUGGAUACAACACUCUGUGCAAAUGGAAUGUGUUCGAACACACCGCCUGGCUCUUACACCUGUAGCUCGUGUGACUCUGGAUAUGCAUUAAACGAUGAUAGCACUGCUUGUGAUGACAUUGACGAAUGCGUGGUGGAUACAACACUCUGUGCAAAUGGAAUGUGUUCGAACACACCGCCUGGCUCUUACACCUGUAGCUCGUGUGACUCUGGAUAUGAAUUAAACGAUGAUAGUACUGCUUGCAAUGACAUUGACGAAUGCGUGGUGGAUACAACACUCUGUGCAAAUGGAAUGUGUUCGAACACACCGCCUGGCUCUUACACCUGUAGCUCGUGUGACUCUGGAUAUGCAUUAAACGAUGAUAGCACUGCUUGUGAUGACAUUGACGAAUGCGUGGUGGAUACAACACUCUGUGCAAAUGGAAUGUGUUCGAACACACCGCCUGGCUCUUACACCUGUAGCUCGUGUGACUCUGGAUAUGAAUUAAACGAUGAUAGCACUGCUUGCAAUGACAUUGACGAAUGCGUGGUGGAUACAACACUCUGUGCAAAUGGAAUGUGUUCGAACACAGGUGGCUCUUACACCUGUAGCCCAUGUGACUCUGGAUAUGCAUUAAACGAUGAUAGCACUGCUUGCAAUGUCAUCUGUGCCACGAUCUCGGAAUGCCAGACCGGAGAGAUUUGUUCUUCGGGUACGUGCACCUGUCCAGAUGGGUACAGUGGUUCAAGCUGUGACCAAGACAUUGACGAAUGCGUGGUGGAUACAACACUCUGUGCAAAUGGAAUGUGUUCGAACACACCGCCUGGCUCUUACACCUGUAGCUCGUGUGACUCUGGAUAUGAAUUAAACGAUGAUAGCACUGCUUGCAAUGACAUUGACGAAUGCGUGGUGGAUACAACACUCUGUGCAAAUGGAAUGUGUUCGAACACACCGCCUGGCUCUUACACCUGUAGCUCGUGUGACUCUGGAUAUGCAUUAAACGAUGAUAGCACUGCUUGUGAUGACAUUGACGAAUGCGUGGUGGAUACAACACUCUGUGCAAAUGGAAUGUGUUCGAACACACCGCCUGGCUCUUACACCUGUAGCUCGUGUGACUCUGGAUAUGAAUUAAACGAUGAUAGCACUGCUUGCAAUGACAUUGACGAAUGCGUGGUGGAUACAACACUCUGUGCAAAUGGAAUGUGUUCGAACACACCGCCUGGCUCUUACACCUGUAGCUCGUGUGACUCUGGAUAUGAAUUAAACGAUGAUAGCACUGCUUGUGAUGACAUUGACGAAUGCGUGGUGGAUACAACACUCUGUGCAAAUGGAAUGUGUUCGAACACACCGCCUGGCUCUUACACCUGUAGCUCGUGUGACUCUGGAUAUGAAUUAAACGAUGAUAGCACUGCUUGCAAUGUCAUCUGUGCCACGAUCUCGGAAUGCCAGACCGGAGAGAUUUGUUCUUCGGGUACGUGCACCUGUCCAGAUGGGUACAGUGGUUCAAGCUGUGACCAAGACAUUGACGAAUGCGUGGUGGAUACAACACUCUGUGCAAAUGGAAUGUGUUCGAACACACCGCCUGGCUCUUACACCUGUAGCUCGUGUGACUCUGGAUAUGAAUUAAACGAUGAUAGCACUGCUUGUGAUGAUAUUAACGAAUGCAUGGUGGAUACAACGCUCUGUGCAAAUGGAAUGUGUUCAAACACAGAUGGCUCUUACACCUGUAGCCCGUGUGACUCUGGAUAUGAAUUAAACGAUGAUAACACUGCUUGCAAUGAUAUUAACGAAUGCAUGGUGGAUACAACGCUCUGUGCAAAUGGAAUGUGUUCAAACACAGAUGGCUCUUACACCUGUAGCCCGUGUGACUCUGGAUAUGAAUUAAACGAUGAUAACACUGCUUGCAAUGAUAUUAACGAAUGCAUGGUGGAUACAACGCUCUGUGCAAAUGGAAUGUGUUCAAACACAGAUGGCUCUUACACCUGUAGCCCGUGUGACUCUGGAUAUGAAUUAAACGAUGAUAACACUGCUUGCAAUGAUAUUAACGAAUGCAUGGUGGAUACAACGCUCUGUGCAAAUGGAAUGUGUUCAAACACAGAUGGCUCUUACACCUGUAGCCCGUGUGACUCUGGAUAUGAAUUAAACGAUGAUAACACUGCUUGCAAUGAUAUUAACGAAUGCAUGGUGGAUACAACGCUCUGUGCAAAUGGAAUGUGUUCAAACACAGAUGGCUCUUACACCUGUAGCCCGUGUGACUCUGGAUAUGAAUUAAACGAUGAUAACACUGCUUGCAAUGAUAUUAACGAAUGCAUGGUGGAUACAACGCUCUGUGCAAAUGGAAUGUGUUCAAACACAGAUGGCUCUUACACCUGUAGCCCGUGUGACUCUGGAUAUGAAUUAAACGAUGAUAACACUGCUUGCAAUGUGGCCUGUACCUUGGACUCGGAAUGCCAGACCGGAGAGAUUUGUUCUUCGGGUACGUGCACCUGUCCAGAUGGGUACAGUGGUUCAAGCUGUGACCAAGCAACUACCCCGGCCACAAGAAUGCGAGGGACUCUUCAAUGUUAUUCUUGUUCGACUAACUCCAUAUCGGAUGUUUGCUCUACUGCUGAUGACCUUGCAAGCGGUUCUGGAGUAUCAACUGUUACAUGCUAUGAAGGACAGCGUUGUUGGACUGAUCAUUAUGAGAACUCAUCACACACGGUUGUGUCGCGUGGAUGCACAGAUGAGCCAUGUGAAAACUUGCAUAAAGGUGGUGGACCUUACUGCACUAUGGCUAAUAACGUUACCAGUUGCACAUCCUGUUGUACUGAGUCAAAUUGCAACGACAACAAAUCCAGCUCUGAGGGUCUCACUUGUAGCUGUGUGACAUGGCUGACAUCUCUUUUCUCAGUGGUCAUCAUGCUCAUCACUUAUAGAACCUAAAUAAAUUCAAAUUUCAAAAGCUGUUUCUAUUUUAACAUUUAUUAUAACAGGCACAAAUUUGCCUAUUCAAUUCACAGUCAAAUUUUAAUUCUAAACCAUCAGUGUUUGCAAAAGUAAGUAACAGACUUGUGUUUUACAAAUAACUAUUGAUUGAAUAAAACAUUCAAUUGAAAAUAAUUGAAGUUUUCUCAAUUUUAGCUCUGGUAAUUUUUCUUCUAUAAUAUUGUACAUAUUUAUUAAUAGAAAAGUUUAGAAUGGCUUUAAUGUACUUUUUACAUUCAAAAUGUCUUAAAAUCCGUCCUGAAUUUUCUGCAUGAAGUUAUUCCUGAAAACACAUAGCGAGAUUAGCAUUUUUCAGGAAAAAUAACAUUUGAUGAUUUAAUUGGACAAGUUAAAUCUGUCAAAAAGAUGAAACAUAAAGAUUGUCAAGCGAACAAAACCCUUAAAAUGCAGAAAAAGACAUUAAAACUGAUAAAUAGUUUCUUGAAGUUUUCAACUUUGCUGUAGAUUUUGUGACCUUACCAAAUGUAAUAUAGACGAGUGGAAAUUAUUUGAUAAAUAGAGAAUAGGAUAAAACAAUAUGACAUUUAUUUUUUAAGAGAGUUUUAAUAAAUCUGAUAGAACACUGUUUAAUAUUCUAAUUACAUUUAUAUUUACAUUACAUUUGAAUGACACAAAUGACCUGGGUAUCAGGCUUCUAAAGCUUGUUUCCAUGAUGUGUUUUCUCUAAUCAAAAUGUAGUGUAUGUAUCAAUAAACUGAUGAUUGCCAGUAUGUUGAUGUAGACCUGAAAGGUAUGAAAAACUACUCAUAAAAUAUUCGUUUUAUCAACCAAUACACAGGUAGAACACUUAUGAAUGCAUUGUAUUCAUUGCCUGAAGAAACUGUUUGAAAGGUGGGAAUAGAAAUGUAUUUUGUAGUCUUGGAGUGAGGAGAAAGCUCCAUACAUGAUAUUUAAAUGAGAAACCUGAUAAGAUGUACACAAAUAUUGUGAUAGUCUACUCAUAUUGCCCUCCAUGAACUUAUCAUUUUCUUUUUUGGGGAGGGGGCCGAGGUGAGAUGUUGCAAACAUUAUGAGCUGGCCGUGUUUAGGGCUAUAAUGGUACUCAUAACUGUGUUAAGCACUUUACAUCUGUAAUCAUUAUCGAUACAUAAAGGAAGACAUUGACUAAAAGAAACAAACAGAUUUUCCAUUUUGUUUUCUCCAUUCAACCCAAGUAAGAAUAAUUGUACUUUUUAACUAUUACAGCACUGUACAAAAAAAAAGAGCAAUUAUUUGUCCAAGCUUGCGAGAUUAGCCGAAUACCAACUGGUCGUGAAUUGAGUUCAUUGGUUCCUCGAGGAACAGAUAUAUUAAUUGUGCCUACAAAAUAUAUACUAGAAAGUUGUUGUACAGUCUCAUAUUGUAUAGUUACGUAUUCUAUUUGGAUACACAAGAAAAUAUGCUUUUAAAGGUACUGUAUUGCAAUGAAAUGUUUAGUGUUAUAAACAAAAAGACUCGCAUGACUUCAGUGUAAAAAAAAAUUGUAUUUUCUAAACAUUUUCUAUGGUAUGCUCUAUCACCUUGAUUGUUUUGUCAAAACUUUGACUUUGUUGUUCUCUGUUAAAAAGCUGCUUAUCUGUACAAAAAAGAAUGAUGUUGUUGAAGUUGUUGAUGCAGAGCUAUUUUCUUGAUAAUUUUAUAAAAAAUGUAACUAAGUGAAUUCAAUUUUUGGGUUGUACAUGUAUUUCAAAGUACAUCUUAUUCUUUGCAAUAGAUGAACAUAAUCUCAAAUAUACAUGUACAAUAAAUUGUUAGGUAAUAAUGUAUUGUCAAUUCAUUUUCCUUUUAAUGUUCUAAAUAAAGUUUGGAUUGAGGUGUCAUAAAU